AUGGCGUCCCGCGCGGCCCUGCUCGCCGAGUUCGUCGGGACGUUCGUGCUGGUCUUCACCGUGGGCUGCAACAUCCUGACCGGUCAGAGCACCUGGGCCGGCGUCUCCAUCGCCUGCGCCCUGAUGGUUGCCGUGUAUGCUCUGGCCCCGAUCUCUGGCGCCAACUUCAACCCCGCGGUGUCCGUCGCGCUCAGCGUCUCGAAGAAGCUGGACUGGGCGAGCGUCGGCCUCUACGUGGUGACGCAGGUCACCGCGGGGGUGUGCGCGGCCAUGGGCUACCGCUGCCUGUUCGGGACGGGCUUCGCUCUUGAGCCAACCACGGGAUUCUCGUGGUGGCAGGCGGGCCUCUGUGAGCUCCUCUACACCUUCAUGCUCUGCUUCGUGGUCCUGAACACCGCCUGCUCCGUGGCGAACUCUGGCAAGCGCCAGUUCUACGGCCUUUCCAUCGGGUUCGUCAUCGUCGCGGCCGCCUACGGGCCGGCGGCGUCUCUGGCGGCUGCUUCAACCCCGCGGUCGCGCUCGGCGUCGAGGCGGGCAACUUGA